UUCGUUUCUAGAUUAGCAAAGCCAGUAGGUAUGUUGAAAUAAUUCAUUUUAAUAUUAUCACACUAAGCGCGAUAGUAACAAAACACCCGAAAUACCAAGCGGGUAUACCUAAAAGGCAGUUUUUUGGAUAGCACCGAAUGCCGGAAACACUGCAUUUCGGGAUUCAAAUUUGAUAUUAUAAUUAAUGAAAAGAACCUGUACUUGGUUUAAAUGCGUUUUAUAGUGACUCGAAUUAAUUGAUUUAAAGAAUGGAGAAUCUAAUUGUUGAAACCAAACUAACACGAAAAAGUCGUCUGGAGACAUUUAAACGAGCUUUGACCUUUCUCAAUCACAUUCUGAUCAGUUUCACAUUCCUGUACACCGUGUGGAUUUGCUGGAAAAAUGGAUUUGAGAAAAUUUUUACAUGGCAUGUAAUUCUUUGUGUUUUUGGAUUCAAUGUGCUGAUAACCGAAUCCAUAUUGCUUUUCGAUGGUGGCAACACAUGGACCCAAGCUUUGACACAACCACAGCGUAAAACCGCUCAUUGGAUAUUGCAAACAGUUGGCAGCAUAUGCGUCAUUGUUGGAGUAGCCCUGGAGUUUUACUGGCGCGGAGUUCUGAAUAAAUCACACUUUUGCAAAACCCAUUCAAUAUUGGAGUUAAUUGCAGUGAUUCUAAUGAUACUCAGUAUGAGCAAUGGUUUGGGUGCUCUGUACGCCGUUGAGCUACGCCGUAAGAUUAAACCUGUGUAUAUAAAAGUUGUUCACGCUAUUGCUGGAUUAGUUUGUUUUGUUCUUGGUAUGAUCUCACUGUGGUACGGUUAUAAAAAGCGAAUUUUUCAAGAAAAUUCAAUACCAGAACUGCUUGUUGCACUACAGAUCUCCACGCUUUUGAUUAUAGUUUUGAGUGUUGGAGGCGCCGUAGAAACUGUUAUUAUUAGAAUACAUACAAUAUUUCAGGUUUUCAAUUGCAGGAGACAAACCCGAUAAGCAACUUCAGACAUACUCAAAACGUGUUCUUUUAACGAAACAUAUAAAAUACCUCGUAUAGCGUCUACAUAUUAUAAAACCAUUUGUGUAUUAAUAGUAAAACUAAUGUG